CAACCCACCACUCUAUCUUCUUGUGUUCAAUCAUUCAUCAUGAUCCCACAACUACAAUUUUCUUUCCCAAAAGGACUACUUAGUUUACCUUGAGUUCCUUUGGUAGAGUUAAGUUAGAAUAAAUCAAGUCCUUAAUAUAGCUAGCUAUAGCUACCGUAUUAAUUAAACUACCCCCUCUCUUUCACUCCUUUUACGUUUACUUUUUUUUUUUUUGUCCUUUAAGUAUCUACCGCCGAUAGCAGUGACUAAUCUCCUCGCUACGUUAGAGGCACCUUAAAGGGUGGGAUAGCUAACCCCAAUAUUUAACUUACAUAUUCUACGCUGUUUUCUUUUUCUCGGAUUCCUAGUUCACUAAGAGGUGUAGAUUUGAAAGCAACGUACGAAGUCGGUUGAAAUUCCAAAAUCAUUUUCAAACAAGCAGAGCUAGUGUAUCAUUUUCACAUACGUAGCUUCCAAAUGGAUUAUGAACCACCAUUUCUGGAGACCUACAAGACCCUUGUGCAAAAACACGUAGGGGAUUCAAGGAACGACUACUCCUGCUCUAUAGUGGAGAGAUGUGAUAUACCUUUGAUCGACCUAAGUCGGUUAAACCUUGAUUAUGAUCAGAGAGACGAAUGCAUGAACGAAAUCGCAGAAGCUGCAAGAGAAUGGGGUUUCUUUCAAGUGGCUAAUCAUGGAAUUUCACAGGAGCUUCUGGAGAGCCUGCAGAUUGAGCAAAAGAAAGUGUUCUAUCAACCUUUCUUGAACAAGUCAGCACAAGCUAGUUUCUCUUCUUUAUCUGCCAGAACUUACAGGUGGGGAAAUGCAUUUGCCACUAAUCUCAGACAACUGUCAUGGUCUGAAGCCUUUCAUUUCUAUCUCACGGAUAUUUCAAGGAUGGACCAAGAUCAAAGUCUGAGAUCGAGUCUUGAAGCUUUUGCAACAAGAAUGUUCACCCUUGGGGAAAGCUUGGCGGAAGUACUAGCGUGCAAAUUGAACACAAAAUCCAGCUAUUUCCAUGAGCAUUGCUUGCCAAAAACUUGUUUCAUUCGACUGAAUAGAUAUCCUCCAUGCCCUAUAUCGUCAAAGGUGCAUGGCCUGUUGCCUCACAGUGACACUAGUUUUCUUACCAUCGUUCAUCAGGACCAGGUUGGAGGAUUGCAAUUGAUGAAAGAUGGAAAAUGGGUUGGUGUCAAGCCUAAUCCACAUUCUCUAGUCGUCAAUAUUGGUGACUUAUUUCAGGCAUUGAGCAAUGGCGUUUAUAAAAGCAUAAAACACCGAGUUGUUGCUGCUGAGAAAGUAGAAAGGUUUUCUAUGGCAUUUUUCUAUUGCCCCUCAGAGGAGGCAGUUAUAAAGAGCCAAAUCAAGCCAGCUAUGUACAGGAAAUUCACUUUGAGAGAGUAUAGACAACAGACCGAGAAAGAUGUCAAGCAAACCGGGGAUAAAGUGGGACUCUCCAGAUUUCUCUCGUAGGAGUAUCUAUGUAUUUUUGUCAACUUUAUGUUAAUGUCUGCUGAAUCUAGUGAUCAUGAACUUUUCCUUAAAUAAGUUUUAAGUUUGAGCCUAGAAAUAAUAUAUAAUAAGAGAGUUUUAUCUCAUUUAA